CUGAAUGAAUGUGUCUCACGACCUAUAUAAGAAACGACGAAGUGACGAAACCCUGUAUUUCGUCGGCGUCAUCUGAGCAGCAGCCAGCAUGUACCAGCGGUCCAUCUCCCUUCUGAUGCUGCUAGCUACGUGCUUUGCGGAAUUUUACCCUCUGCAUGAGAUCGCCGUCCACGAUCCGAAGUCGUUCGACGUGCUCUACAGCUCCACCUCGGGGCCUCACAACGAGACGUGGCGCUUCACUCUGCCUGUUAAACUCACCGCUGUCAUCCUUCCGUCGCAGGUCUUCAACUUCAGCUCUGGAGGUCUUUGGCCAGGCGGGACAUAUUCAGAGAACUUGCAGGUCCUGGUGUACCAGACAGGACUGGCCUCCGAUGCAGAAGACGAGUUCACCCUUCUAGUAGGCUCAGGAUCGUUCAACGACAGCGUCCAAUUCGGCCAGGAGCUGCGUAUCGCCGUGACAACUGCAAACGGCGCCGCUAUCCCAGUCAGAGAGUACGAGACUUCAAGCAACGGCUACAGCUACACCUUCAGCAUCAUCUUCGGUAGCACAGGUUUCUACCCUUGGUACAACAGCAGGGUCCUCACGGCCUACUCUGCUGUCGAGCGUUCAACGAAUGUGGCUGGCAUAGCCCUGGGCAUCGCCUUCAGUGACGGCUAAGACGCCAUGGCAAUGGGAUCGUUACCAUUGCUGUAGUGUCGGACUAUGCUAGGUACCAGUUGUGCACUGAUACCCGCCAAGAAACUAUUUUACCAGCCGUAGUUUAAGAGUGCUUAUAAAUUAUAAUAAUGCUAAACCAAUAUUUUUUUAAGCUCUGCUUAAGUGUAGCAAGACACACAAUUAGUAUACGAUAUCCCCAGCAGAGCAGGGUAAUAAAAAUAUUAAAAUAGUAUUGUUUUCUAUUUAGGCAUAAGACUGAUAUAUUUUAACUGCCACCGAUGACCAAUGCUUUUUUUGCUAAAGUGAAUUGCCAUAGAACUGUGCUGCUUCAGUGUAAAUAUUAAUAAUAAAAUAUUCUUCUCUAAGACUCAUAA